AUGUUUUUUCCACAAAAAUCUCAAUCGAUUGAUCAAAAUUUUAUUGUAAGAAAAUUAGGACAAGAAAGAAUAGAAAUUGAAGAGCUUUAACUAAAAUUCUAAGAUGAAGGGGAUAAAUUAUUGUAACGAGUUAAUGAUUUUAACACAUCAGAAAAGGACAUUAAAAUCAAUCUUAAGAAAAAUACUUAAUAAUUGAUGGAAGAUCAUUAGACACAUCUAAUUGAAUUAGAAAAAAAAGUGCAAUUAUUGAAAAAUCACUAUAUAGAAUAAAUUGAAAUACUAUAAAAAAAAAUCAGAAUGUUAGCAGAAUCUUAAUAUAAAGUCAAUGAUAAUAAUAUCUCAACGAAUUUAUAUUAAGAAUGCAACAAUAAUUAACAAUCUACCAACAUAUCUAAAGAUUUAAAUGACAGAGAAUCACAGCGUUAGCUUGAGAAUGCAACAGAAUUAAUAAAUUCGUUUCUUCCUCUAAAAGAAACUACUAUAAUUUACGAGUGUUAAUAAAUUGUAUAUAAGAUUAUACAUAAUUUGGCUUUGUUGUAAAUGAAUGAUAAAAAAUAUGAGAUUGGAGAAUAAUCAGUAAUAAUUUAAAUUAUUAAAAGAAAAUUAAUCUGGUUUGCUAGGAACAUUAAGAUUAAAUCAUUUUGGUAGAUUUAAUUUCCAGAUAAAUUCAAUCGACAAGAUUAGGAUGUCAAACUUGUGCAAAUUUAAAUCCUUAAAUUAAGUAUCAAUCUAUUUAAUAAGUAUAAAAUCAAUGGAAAAAAGUGCACUAACAAAAAAUGGAGAAUAUGCAAAUAAACUAUGUAGCACUUAUGAAUAAGAUUAUCUAUAUUCAAGAAUUCUUUUAAUUGAUUAAAAAUAAAACCUUUAAAAGCCUUGAGCAAGCAGAUAUCACAUUUGACACUAUUUACUAUAAAUAUACUUAAGCAAUUCUUGAUCUAAAUAAGAAAAUGCAAAAACCAUGGUCGAGCUUCUCAAAGGAAGAAUUAGAAACAAAUGCCUUAUAAAUUAAUGAUUUAGAUGUCUACUAAGAUACUUACAUAUCAGAGGAUUAGAUAAUAAACCAGGUAACUAAAAAAACCCUUCGAAAUCUUCAUGAAUAUGUGCAGAAGUACACAAAUAACAUCUUACCUUUAAUUCAAAAGUUUGCAACCCUUAAAUAAGGAAAUGAAGAAUUCCAAAAAAAUUAGUCAUUAUUUAGCAAUUAAAAUUAUAUCUCUGGAUAAUAACCUAAUUUAAAUUCAUAUAAUUCGAAGAAUAAUUAGAAGGUUUUUGGUUUAACAAAUAACUAAUAGUAAGAUUGUAAAAUAUUAUAAUUUUUAGAAGUAGAAGCUUCUUAAAUAAAUGAAAAGUUGAUCUACUAAUUGAAAUAAGAAGCAUCAAUUAUAUAAUCUGAACCUUGUCAUGCCAUAGCUAUUAAUAACGACAUUCAGAUAUUGGCAGCCUCUUGUGGGAAGACUAUAAAGAUAUUUGAAUUCAGAGCAGGCUUUCUUAAAUUAGUUUAAAUUUUAGCAGAACAUACAAAUUAUGUGUUUUGUCUGAGUUUUAUGAAGCUCUCAAAUUAAUUGAUAUCUUGUGGAAGUAAUUAAAUAAUCUUAUGGUCACUUAAUCAAUCCAAUAUUUGGGAAUUCUAAUAAAAAUUAGAAGGUCAUGUUAGUUUUAUUAGAUGUGUCUUAAUUAAUAGAACUGACGAUCUAAUAAUUUCGGGUAGCGAUGAUACGACAAUCAAGUUUUGGUAUAAACAAUAUCAAUGGUCGAAUUAGUAAACAAUUAAUGAUCAUUCAAAAAGAGUGUUAGCAUUAGGUAUGAAUGAUUAAUAAAAUAAAUUAAUCUCCAGCAGCGAAGACAAUUCAAUUCUUAUCAUAGAGCAUUCAGAAUAAGAUAGAAAGUGGAUCGUAAAAUAAAAGAUAGUUGUUGAAAAGUAUGGAUUGCGUUUAUGUUUCAUAAGCAAUGAAAUGUUUGCCUAUUAGCCUAAUAAUAGUUAAUAAAUGCAUAUCUAUGAGAUAACAAAUGAAAACGUUCUUAAGAAAUCAGAAAUAAAUUAAAAAAAUAGUCAGGACAUCUAUUCGUUGUGUCCAUAAUAAUAUAUUAAAUCAAAGUCUCUUCUCUUUAACAAAAAUGGCUUCUAUAUACACAUUAUAAGAUAAAAAGAAAAUAAUGAAUUUAUAGUGGAAUAAUCUAUUAAUUUCGGAGUUUAAAAUUUAUAUGGAGUAGCAAGCGACGAUGGACAAUAUUUAAUUACAUGGGACAGUUAGUCAAAAGCAAUUCAAGUUAGAACGAAUAUGGAAAAAUGA